AACCCAUCGCACCUUCACCACACCCGCCAUGACUACCCCAAAGCCAGUUCUCAUUUCCGGCGCCGGCCUCGCCUCUCUCCUCCUCGCCCGCUCGCUGCACCGCUCUAAGAUCCCCUUCCUUGUCUUUGAGCGGGACGCGUCUAUUGUGUUCCGCGCUCAGGGCUAUCGCCUCCGCCUCUCCGUCCAGGGCCUUGAUGCAAUUGAACAUGUGCUUGGCCCCACGGGUUUCCAGAAGUUCUAUGAUGCUUGUGGCAAAACUGGCGGUGCCGGCUUUUCGGCCAUUGACCCGCUAACGGGCGAAACACUGGGUACCGACACGCCGAGCGUGAAGAGCGAGACUCUUACAAGCAGAGAAGGCAAGGUUGUGGGCAUCUCGCGUGGUGAUAUGCGUAAGCUGUUCAUGGACGGUCUGGAAGACAAGGUCCACUGGAACCACCAGGUCAAAGCAUAUGAGAGGACUGAAGACGGCGUGCGGCUAGUCUUUGCAGACGGUAGCAAGAGCGAAGAGGGCUCCAUGCUCGUUGGGGGCGAGGGCGUCAAGAGCGCAGUAGCGGGGCAGCUCUCCAACGGCGCUAUCAAGGUCUAUGAUCUCGGCUCAAGAGGUAUACACGGUCAGGCGUCCACGACCGCUUUCAAGAACUUGGGCGAGGGCGUCUUCCGCAUGGUUGACGACACUUCCCAGCCAAACGGUGGCAAGGUCUUUCUCAUCACUAACGUUCGCGCUGACGACAUGGACAACCCCGAUAUCCAAUUCGGCUGGACCAUGAUCGGCUCACCAGGCGUCAUCAAGGCACCCAACGACAACUACACCAUCACAGGCUCGCCCGCCGCGCAGAUAGCCAAGUCGCUCACCGCCCAAUGGCAUGAGCGUGUUAAGCCGUUGUUUGACAACAUGGACGAGGCCGAAGCUGCAUUUUGGAAGAUCACUUGUUCAUCGCCCAAGGGAGUGCCUGAGUGGCCCAACGACCCUCGCGUCACCUUGGUAGGCGACGCUGUACAUGCCAUGACACCUGCAGGCGGCAAUGGUGCCAACACGGCCGUUCGUGAUUCAGCCUUGCUCGGACGUCUGAUGGCAGAAGCUUGGGAACGAGGCCAUGGGCAGCAUUGGUCAGGUGUGACUGAGGCCUUUGAAAAGGAGAUGCGCAUUUACGCAAGCGAGGCUGUCAAGGCCAGCUAUGGUCAUGCUGUAGGACAGUUCGGGCUUGAGGGUGAUCUAGAGGAUAAGCCCACGCUCAACGAGUAUAUAACACCAAACUGAGGUAGAUGUCGAUACAUGUACAUGUGCAAAUCAACA